GUCUACGAUGAGAAAGGAAGGCGGGAAGACGGUAAAAUAUUGGACCUCCCGGAUUCUUCCAAGUACUCCGGAAGAAAUCUUAUACAUCUCGCAAUCGGCGAAUGUCCGCAUAUGCCUAGCAGCGCUGACUAUUGCAACUAUUUCCUACGCUUCAGUUCGAAGGUCAGUGGAUCUUUGACAACAGCCGCUGAGCCCUAUAUCAUGGAUGUUCUGAAGAUUGCAAAGAGACACUUUGGCAGCAGGGUGCAU